ACCUGGAGGGAACCUGCGUCGGUUCGGGCUCAGGCCUGUUGCUGCGCGGCUUCUUCCCCGGGCGGCUGAGGUAGUCGAGCGCUGGCAGCUCGCUCCUCCGGCCUGGUCGGUGUGUUAAGGCUGUGGCUUCUCGGGGUCCUCCCUAGAGCCUCCCGGCCGCCUCCCUCGCGCGGCCAGAGCGGCACGGACUAGCCUGCUCGUCCCCGUCUUCAGUCCCCCUCACAGUCCACCCUCCAGCCCCGCUCCGAAAGGGUCCAGUUAGAAGUCCCCUCUCCCCCUCUUCCCCAGAAGAGCCCCGGUCGACCAGACUUUCAGGGGUGGACGGUGCUGCGAGGAGGCCAGGCGCGCUUCCGCGCACGUGAAAUGCCCAGCAGCGUCUCCCAGACCAGCAACCCCCGACCCUCCAGUCUCCAUGUCUUAGACAAGCCAAAUUCGAGAGUUAUAUAAUUUCUAGUGCUGCUGUUUCUCUUGCCCGAGGAAACACUUCAUCGCGUGGAGGGUGCAGGACAUUUCGGUGCUCUUCUGUAUAAGAUCGGGGUGUGGGCAGGGGUGGCCAGCGGUGGCAGAGAAAUGCCUUUUCUGCAAAAGGAAGGUGGGUAGAUUGGAGAGAGAGACUGAGAAAAGGGUGGAUGUGGAAGCCAAACAGCCGCACUCCCAUUUAGGAUAUCGCGGACUAUUUGCAUAGUGUGUGAUCGCAUGCCUAAUACUACUACAGCGUUUCUGAAAACACCUUUGGGGGAAGGUUUGGUUUUUCCUUUCCAGCAGCCUCGGUGUUUUUCUUUGCCGGCUAGGGAGCUGCUUGGAUGCUAAGAGAUGGCAGGAUGUGAAUGACUCCAGUGUGAAGAAGUCGGCUUCGCCAAAUCAUCCUGCAUCAAGUGCCCAUUGAAUAGCGCUGUCACUUUAAUGUCUCCACGCCAAGGGAUUGUUUUCUUUCUUUUCCAUCCCCUCGGUUAAUACACGGGAGGAUCAGAAUCAGAGGGGCAUUAAGAAUCAAGCACUGGGGGCUUGGAGAGCACAGAAGAAAAAUAUCCAAGUGACAAGCUGGAUCCUGUUUUACUGACGGGGUGAGAUCCGGAACCAUUAAACAGAAGGGGGCCUUUGCAUCUCUGUUCUGCCCCAGAAACUGUUCAAACUCACACACCCUUUAAAAGACUAGAGUCAGACGUUCUUAAAAGUAUUUUUGAAGGAGCGAGUUUAAACUUUUUUCCUUAGAAUUGAUGAUCUUUAUUACCAACCAUUUUGAUCAUGUAUAAAGACAACGAUCCUAAAAUUGGUUUGUGCCUUAAGUGAAUUAGUCAUUGAACAUCCAAAAGUAUUGCUGCCGGAAGAGAGAAGUUUUAACAACAUUUUCUAUGCAUACAAUAACUUUCUCAACUUUUAAAACAAGAGCACAUAUUUUACAAAUAUUGAAAAACUUAUUUUUUUUUCUCUGAACGCCGUGGGCAGUGUAAAGUGUUUGGUUGUGGAAAAAUGCAUCGUUAUUUUCUUUAUUUGAAAUAGAGAAGACUCAGCCUGGAUAUCAAGGCUGAAGCGGGAAGUGGUUUGCAACAGUUAACCUGGCUCCACCUCAAUUCAGCUGGAUCAAGCAGAGUCUUGCAAAGAGAUCUCGAGUCCAGUGUCAGUGGAGAGACCCAAGAAUGCCAGUCAAGAAGAAAGAUACUGACCGAGCAUUGUCGUUACUGGAAGACUACUGCAAAAAAUUGAGAAAACCCGAGGAGCAGCUGUUGAAAAAUGCUGUCCAAAGGGUAAUGAGUGUUUUUAAGAGCAGCUUAUUUCAAGCCUUGCUGGAUAUUCAAGAAUUUUAUGAGGUGACAUUAUUAAAUUCUCAUAAAAGCCGUGAGCAGAAGAUAGAAGAAGCCAACCAAGUUGCACAGAAAUGGGAGAAGACUCUCGUUCAUGAUCCAUGCCGUGAUGGUCUGCAAACAUCUGCAGAGCUUACAGAUUGUGGCAGACCAAAGGAAAAUAUUUCAUGUGUUGAGCAAAAUAAAGAAAACCAGUGUUUUGAGAAUGAACCUGAAGAAAAGGCAUGUCAAAACCAAGGCAAAUGCCCAGCCCAGAACUGUCCAGUGGAAGCUCCCACGUGGAUGCCUGUCCAUCAUUGUUCCAAGUAUCGCUACCAAGAUGAGGACGGGCCACACGAUCAUUCCUUACCUCGGCUAACUCAUGAAGUAAGAGGGCCAGAACUGGUGCACGUAUCGGAGAAGAACCUCUCGCAAAUUGAAAAUGUCCACGGAUACGUCCUACAGUCUCAUAUCUCUCCCCUGAAGGCUAGCCCUGCUCCUAUAAUUGUCAACACAGAUACUUUGGACACUAUUCCUUAUGUCAAUGGAACAGAAAUUGAGUAUGAAUUUGAAGAAAUUACAUUGGAGAGGGGAAAUUCUGGCCUGGGAUUCAGUAUUGCUGGAGGGACAGAUAAUCCCCACAUUGGAGAUGACCCUGGCAUAUUUAUUACGAAGAUUAUUCCGGGAGGUGCUGCAGCAGAGGACGGGAGACUCAGGGUCAAUGAUUGUAUCUUGCGGGUGAAUGAGGUUGACGUGUCAGAGGUUUCCCACAGUAAAGCAGUGGAGGCCCUCAAAGAAGCGGGCUCGAUUGUGCGGCUGUAUGUGCGGAGAAGGCGACCCAUUUUGGAGACUGUCGUGGAAAUCAAGCUUUUCAAGGGCCCGAAAGGUUUAGGCUUCAGUAUUGCUGGAGGGGUGGGGAACCAGCACAUUCCUGGAGACAACAGCAUUUAUGUAACCAAAAUUAUAGAUGGUGGAGCUGCACAGAAGGAUGGGAGGUUGCAAGUAGGAGACAGACUGCUAAUGGUAAACAACUACAGUUUAGAAGAAGUGACCCAUGAAGAGGCUGUAGCGAUACUGAAGAACACAUCCGACGUUGUUUAUCUAAAAGUUGGCAAGCCCACCACCAUUUACAUGACUGAUCCUUAUGGCCCACCUGACAUUACCCACUCUUAUUCUCCACCGAUGGAUAAUCAUCUCCUGUCUGGUAACAAUGGCACGUUAGAAUACAAAACUUCCCUGCCGCCCAUCUCUCCAGGAAGGUACUCACCAAUUCCAAAGCACAUGCUGGUUGAAGACGACUACACCAGGCCUCCGGAACCCGUUUACAGCACUGUGAACAAACUGUGUGAUAAGCCUGCUUCUCCCAGGCACUAUUCCCCUGUUGAGUGUGACAAAAGCUUCCUUCUCUCAGCUCCCUACCCCCACUACCAUCUAGGCCUGCUCCCUGACUCUGACAUGACCAGUCAUUCCCAACACAGCACCACAACUCGGCAGCCUUCGGUGACUCUGCAACGGGCCAUCUCCCUAGAAGGGGAGCCCCGCAAGGUAGUCCUUCACAAAGGCUCCACUGGCCUGGGCUUCAACAUUGUGGGCGGGGAAGAUGGAGAAGGAAUUUUUGUAUCCUUCAUUCUGGCCGGUGGACCAGCAGACCUGAGUGGGGAGCUCCAGAGAGGAGACCAGAUCUUAUCGGUGAACGGCAUCGAUCUCCGCGGAGCCUCCCAUGAGCAGGCAGCUGCGGCACUGAAGGGGGCUGGGCAGACGGUGACCAUCAUAGCACAAUACCAACCUGAAGAUUACGCCCGAUUUGAGGCCAAAAUCCAUGACCUACGCGAGCAGAUGAUGAACCACAGCAUGAGCUCCGGGUCCGGGUCCCUUCGCACCAAUCAGAAACGCUCCCUGUAUGUCAGAGCCAUGUUUGACUAUGACAAGAGCAAAGACAGCGGGCUGCCUAGCCAAGGACUUAGUUUUAAAUACGGAGACAUCCUCCAUGUCAUCAACGCUUCUGAUGAUGAGUGGUGGCAAGCCAGAAGGGUCAUACUAGAUGGGGACAGUGAGGAGAUGGGCGUCAUUCCCAGCAAACGGAGAGUGGAACGAAAGGAGCGUGCCCGGUUGAAGACAGUGAAGUUCAAUGCAAAACCUGGCGUGAUUGACUCGAAAGGGUCAUUCAAUGACAGGCGUAAAAAGAGCUUCAUCUUUUCACGAAAAUUCCCAUUCUACAAGAACAAGGAGCAGAGUGAGCAGGAAACCAGUGAUCCUGAACGAGGACAAGAAGAUCUCAUUCUCUCCUAUGAACCUGUCACAAGGCAGGAAAUCAGCUACACUCGGCCAGUGAUUAUCCUGGGCCCCAUGAAGGAUCGAAUCAAUGAUGACUUGAUAUCUGAAUUUCCUGAUAAAUUUGGCUCCUGCGUUCCCCAUACUACGAGGCCAAAGCGUGACUACGAAGUCGACGGCAGAGACUAUCAUUUUGUCAUUUCUCGAGAGCAAAUGGAGAAAGACAUUCAAGAGCACAAAUUUAUCGAAGCUGGCCAGUACAACGACAAUUUAUAUGGAACCAGCGUGCAGUCUGUGAGAUUUGUAGCAGAAAGGGGCAAGCACUGUAUACUUGACGUGUCAGGAAACGCUAUUAAACGGUUACAAGUGGCCCAGCUCUAUCCCAUCGCCAUCUUCAUAAAGCCCAAGUCCCUGGAGCCUCUGAUGGAGAUGAAUAAGCGUCUAACAGAGGAACAAGCAAAGAAAACCUAUGACCGGGCAAUUAAACUAGAACAAGAAUUUGGAGAAUAUUUUACAGCUAUUGUCCAAGGAGACACCUUAGAAGAUAUAUAUAACCAAUGCAAGCUUGUUAUUGAAGAGCAGUCUGGGCCUUUCGUCUGGAUUCCCUCAAAGGAGAAGUUAUAAAUUAGCUCCUGCGCCUCUGACAACGGCAGAAGAGCAUUUAGAAGAACAAAAUAUAUAUAAUAUAAUACUUGGAGGCUUUUAUGUUUUUGUUGCAUUUAUGUUUUUGCAGUCAAUGUGAAUCCUUAUGAAUGUACAACACACUGUGUGAAGCCAUGAAGGAAACAGAGGGGCCAAAGGGUGGGACGGAAAAGACAUUGCAGGAAGGCUUUGGUUUGCUCAAAGUACCAGGUGUAGGGAUGAACCUCUGGCAGGCUCUCUGCCCUAGAGAUGGGCAGCCUUCUCACCCCAGCAGAUGUGCAGAGCUGAUUUAGCUGCAGAGCUCUCUGUGGUUUUUGCUUUAAGAAAAGUUGCCAGCACUCGAACCUCACCAACCUUCCACCUUGCCCACACCUCUGUAAUUGGUAUACUUUGAAUUUUAUAACUAUGCACAUCCUUUGAUUUCUUAACAAGCAAAGGAAAUAAGGAAACCAGAAAAGGUCCCUUUGGAGGAGACGUACUAUCAGGGGAGGGCGAUGGCUUAGUUUCCUUGGCUGGCGUGUGCAAAGACAAGCGUGUGGUAAAACGGGCAGCGGGUGUGCAGGGCUGACCUUGCCGAGGAGGGGAUUCCACCUGGACUAGCUUUAUGAUUGUCGAUUUUGCCAUUUAUAAGCUGAAAGAUGGCACUAACGAUGAGAAUAAUUUAUACAAUAAAAUAUAUUAAAUGUAUAGAAAUGAAUUUCUAUAGGUUAAAAGUUUUGUGAAAUAUUUUGUAAAGAUGAAGAAAACCAUUGAAAGACUAAAUGUACGUACUCUCAGCGGAUGAUCAAAUUUGAAAAUUUGAGGUUGCACUCUCCCCUUUUGUUGCCAAUGACCCAUUCAGAGCAUCAGCGUUACCCCCAGGUCUGCCUAAGACUCCUUCCUCACCCACCUCCUCAUCCCCAUCCCACUCACAUGCUAGUGAUACGCUCUUACGGGACACAUCCCUUAAUAGUUACCCUCAUGAUAUUUUUGGAAGAGAUAUUUUUCUGUUACUUUUUUUAAAGCCAAUUGCUUUUCAGAGAUAAAAACUCACACAGAUAAUCAAAAGGGGACGAUUGCUUUUCUCCAGUUAAAUAGCCUGAGCCAACCAUGUAGAUAGUCAAAUUCAACUUUUGUUCCUAGUCACUUGCAUACAGUUCAAGAACCAUUCAGUAUUCCGGCAAACCAGAAGUCAUUAGGACUAUCUUUUCUUUGUUUCACAGAGCAACUAGGUGUUUUGUAACAGCCCAGGUUGGCAUUGCAGGGGGAGACCUGUCCUAAGAUGCGCUAUUUCUCUGAGGAAAAGAAAAAAGAGAAGUUAUCUGGUUGGGAGUGGUGAGGGAUGCACUUUCCUUGUUUAAUAUAUAGGGCAAACCACAAGGCGAGGACAAUUGAUGACUUUGAGCUCAACCAAUUGAACUGCCUUCCUUAGGGCUGCACCUGGACCAAGUUCAUUUUUCUAACAAUUAUGAUAAUGAUGAUUUGGGGGAUUAAAAAACCCUCCUGAAGCCUAUAAGCUGAAACAUUAAGAGUUAGCUUCCCACUUUAGCACCGAUGGUGACGUCAGCACUGGUUCUGCCCAAGGUAUUCAGAGAGAGACUUUUUAAGUGUUAUUAAUAACUACUCAUACCUGGGUUCUCUACAUACCCAGGUUAAGCCCCAUCGCCUUAUUUCUGGGGUACAUCAAGACCUGGCAGGGAUUCUGCCACACUGUGCAGCCAACCAGCAUGUAGGCUGGAGGACAAGAACAAAAGACAGAGCCAUCAGAGUGAUGGGGCUUCUUCUAAGUUAGAACAUCGGGGCUUACAACCGAGUCUCUUUCCAAAAUCAAGGGUUGUUCAUACCAUCGUCUGCCUAGCUGCAGUCACCAGAACAAACAUUAAAAUACAAAAGUAUGCCUCUACCUAUAUGGUCUUGAGGCUGCCUUUGCAGCUGUGCUUUUUUUCCCCCCUCUCAUAGGAGAGUUCAGUUUUCCAGAGAUAGCCUUAGAGGGCUCACAGUGCGAAAUGAUGCACCCAUGCCUGCCAAUCAUCAGUUUCAGGUCGAGGCCAACUUCCAUCAAGAUUGCUCUCCGGAGUUCUCUGCCACUAGAAUGCCAUUCCUGAUCCCAGCUCUCUUUAUAGGCCACCAUGAUAACUUCUUUGGUUUCUCCACUGAGCAUGCAACCACUUUACCUUAGAGGACUGUCAUUAACGAGUAGAUGUUUUCUCCAGUUGUGCGGUGUGCUUUCCAUUUGAUAGUAUUGCUGUGGCUGAGUACAAUCAAAUUGAACCACAAACCAUUGGUUUUGUAGUAAUAUAAUUAUUUAUUUUCCCAGUGUAGAUGCUUUCAGAUUAGCAUUAGCACUGAUUUUUUAUGUAGAUUUAUAUAAAUAUAUAUACAUAUAUAUUUGCUUGAAGACUCGCCAAGCACCUUGGUGAGAGGGUCUUUCCUAUAGAAUUCACUCAUCCAUUUUGUUGUGUUGUCUUGCGCUUCCCAAUGUUGAGGUCUCUAUGGCUCCAAGGAACUGGUGUAUUUUGCAGCAAAUCCAACAUCAUCAAUGAAAAUGGCAUGAGAGUCACCCAGAUCCCAUCUGGUGCAAAUGCGCCUGGAGCCUUGGGCCAGACUGGUGCUAACACUGCAAACUUUGUCCGGAGCUCUCCCCAAUCUGAAGGCUCGCGGGGGGCACAGUGUCACCUUCUCAUGCUGGGCCCUUUCGGAAAAGUGCCAGAUCGCGUCACUGGUGCUAUUUUUCAUGCUCUGGUACAAUGUGUAGCACCAUGGGGGUCUCAGCUUUACCAAAACUGAAAUCUCACCUGUCUGCCAAUUAUCGCUGAGGCAUUCAUUCGCUUAUCGCUCUUUUCCUUGAGAGUUGACGGCCUACUCUUGGAAGGCCUUUUCUCCCGGACCCAAAUUCAGGGGUUGGCUCUAUCCACUUGGCAAGCCCAUCUAGAUGAAGCUGCACUCAGAAGCCUCUGUGAGCUGUCUUAGAUCCUACUGCCAGCCCUUCAGGACGCAGCCAGGGAUGCUCUACCCACCUCUGGCGCUCACCUAUUCCUUCCCCCUCAUUUUAUCUACGGCUUUCCUUCUCUCGUCGCCUCUGCCAUGUUGACCCUCUUCUAUCCUUCCUGGGUUGUGGGCCUUGCCCCUCCUCUCUCCCCUUUCUUUCCCUGUCCAUCUCUUCUUCACCUCCAUCUCCUGCUUCCCUUUGUAUCCCUUUCUCCCAAGCUCCUCCUCCCUCUUCUCGCCUCGCACCCAUUGCCGCAACCCACACGCUCAAUUCCCCUGUCCUCUAAAGGGCUCAGGCUGAUUCAGACAGCAAGUCCACGCAACGGACUAACAACGCAAAUCCUUGGGGUCACCAUUUUACUUACUCAGCCCAGAAAGCAAAGCUGAGUGUGAGGCCCUGACCUGGAGCCAGCCUGCACCACUGCCCCGGCAGUGCUGAUGCAAGAGCUGCGGGCCCCUGGCACCCGGAAGCCUCUGCCUGGACCUCCCAGUCUCCAGGAACUCCCUCCCAGCCCCACCCAGGCUGAGGAUGCUUUCUCUUAACAGAGGCAAACUCUGGCCCCAACAACUACUGUCAUAAACCUCACUGAAGCCAUGACACCGCCCUGUUUUGGAGAGAGAGAGAUUUCCCCUCCUUUCUUUUUCUCAUUUCCACGUGAAGCCCCUUCUGCUUUUCAGCUGGUGAUUGCUCUGGUGAGAUUGGAUGGACUCGCUAGCGAUAUGAACAUCUUCUUUACUGUCUUGGUCCUGCCUAAAAGUUUCUACAAAACGCAUUUAAGCCGAGGACUAAGACUAAAUUCCUAAAUUUAUUAUCCUAAUGAGUCACUCACUCCUGGGGAGACAUCAGUUCCCUUAAAGCAUGUGGAGUGUCUCCUGUGACAACUGAGUCUCCAGGAAGCUCCGUAGAGAAUUCUGUGGGUAUGCAUCAGUUAAGAUGGUAGAUAUGGGAUGCAUACCGCGUAGACACGUUACAUGAGGUACAAUUCAACGUGGUUGGACACACAUUCACACUUCAAUCUGUAAAUAUCCUUCCUCACUGAAACCUGUGCUUCAGGAAUCCUUUCUUGUACAGCUGUGCAGCUUCUUGUAGCAGCUGAAGACAAGCUAAGGCAGGCAGAAAAUGUCGCCGACGAUCAGCUGAAGGAGUGCAGUAUCUCCCUCGCAGCUCAGGAGGCCAGACAGCCAAGUGGCCCGGUUGACUCCCACUGGGAUGGAAAACUUUUCUUCUUUUCAAAUUUGUGUUUCCUAAGUGUAUCUUACCUUCUGAGUGCACCAGGUUGUACCCGUUAGAUCCUUUUCCUAUGACAGUUUUUUGUGCUUCUCCCUGACAGGAUGUUUUCUCCACCGAGCUGUAAUGCGGGAUGGGAGGGGAGGGAGUUGCGGAGAGGGACUUACUCCGGGCCU